GUCUAUCUUAGGCCAUGCACAGUCGUCCGGUCGCCGCGUGUUGGCGUUCGCGUGUGCUAUACAAACAAGUCGACAUUAAAACUGUUGUCGCUCAAUACUCUCACCCGUUUAAACGAGUUCGCACGAUUUCAAAACUAUGAAGUGACCAAGACAAUUCACAAUCGGAUAACCGCCUCCUACUCACAGCGGACAUCAAAUAAACGUGCCAAAAAAAAUGGCGUCACUUCAACGUCUAUCUUUCGUUCAGUCCGUAAACAAUAUGUCUCACCAAAGACUCCAGGACAGUGAUGAAAAUUCUUCAGAUGAUGAUGAAGGAUCUCCUUUGACUCAAGACUUAUAUGGUGGAAGUCAAAGAACUAUUGCGGAAACUAAAGCCUGGGAUGUUUUUCGAGAUUUGCCACCACGUAGUGAUAGUGGGUCCAUGGCCAAUCAAGCUUGUCUUGAAUUCACUGUUAAAGUACUCAAAAUUCUAGCCUACUUAAUUACAUUUGCAAUAGUUUUAUGUUGUGGGGUUAUGGCAAAAUCUAGUAUGUUUUUUAUGACUUCACAAAUACGAUCCGAACGAGUAGUAACAUACUGUAACAAAGAUCUAAGUCGUGAUAAAUUAUAUGUAGUUAAUUUACCUACUGAAGAACGAGUAGUAUGGAUAUGGUGUCUUUUGUUAGCAUUUAUUAUUCCUGAAUUAGGGACCUUGAUCCGUUCCAUCAGGAUAUGUUUCUUCAAGUCUUGUCGUAAACCUCCACUUAAAGAUUUUGUUUUUGUUCUUGUAAUGGAAACUUUACAUGUUUUCGGAAUGGUCCUCUUAGUAUAUGUAGUAUUGCCUAGUUUAGAUGUUAUUAAAGGAGCCAUGCUAACAAAUUGUCUUUGUUUUGUACCCGCUUUACUUAGUUUAUUAUCUAGGACAACAAAAGGAUGUAAAACUAAUUCGGAAAAGUCUGAAGUUUAUGCCAAAGUAUUUAUGGAUUUAAUUGCUGUUGGUUCUCAAGCCACUGGAUUUUUUUUAUGGCCUCUACUGCAUCCAGAAAAACAGAUGAAUACAUUUGUUAUACCAAUUACUGUGUUUUGUAUUUCUUGUGGUUACUGGGAAAAUUAUACUACUAAACACACGCUAUUUGGUUUCAUGAAAUUCGCAUACGUCAUAAAAGAUCGAAUGAAAAGAACUCGAUACUUUAUAUAUAUGUUAGUAUCUGUGUGGAAAAUGUUGUGUUUCUUAUUUUUUAUGAUAGUAGUCAUGUUCAUUAAAGGCGAAAGCGUUACACAGUUAUUUACAUCUGUAAACGCUGGAUUCUCAAGUCAUAAGAUACAAGUUUUAGAGGUUAGUCAAGUAAUUCGAAAUGGAGCAACACUUCCGGAUCUUUCAGAUAUUGUCACUAAUGGAGAUACAAUUGAUAUUGAUGCCAAGUAUUUAACUGCUUUGCAUGUUUUACUUAUACAAAUCGUAUCAGCUUAUCUAUGUUAUAUAUUUGGUAAAUUUGCUUGUAAAAUCAUGAUACAAGGAUUCAGUUAUGCGUUCCCAGUAAAUUUAACUGUACCAGUAACUAUGUCAGCCCUUAUAAUCGCUUGUGGAUUACGUCAUGAUGAUCCUUGUUUUUUUCACCAAUCUAUUCCUGAUUAUUUAUUUUUUGAUUCACCUGAUGUAAAUUUCUUAAACAAUUUUAUCACUAGAGAGCACGUAUGGGUUUGGCUAUUGUGGCUUUUGUCUCAAACGUGGGUUACUUUGCACAUAUGGACACCAAAGUGUGAACGUUUGGCUACUACAGAGAAAUUAUUUGCUCGGCCAAUGUAUGACGCUUUACUAAUUGACCAAUCAUUAGGGAUGAACAGGAGAUGUGACGACGAAAAAGACGUAAAAACUGAAGAUUUAGCCGACCGAGAAAAAGAACCAGAUGAAUACUACGAAACAAUAUCGGUACAUACAGACGUAAGCAGUAACACACCAAAAACAGUAAAAAAAUCUGACAGUAUUACUAAAAUAUAUGCCUGUGCAACUAUGUGGCAUGAAACUCACGAAGAAAUGAUGGAGAUGUUAAAGUCCAUACUCCGUAUGGACGAAGAUCAGUGUGCACGUCGAGUAGCACAAAAAUAUUUGCGCGUAGUGGAUCCAGAUUAUUAUGAAUUUGAAACGCACAUAUUCUUGGAUGAUGGUUUCGAAAUCAGUGAUGAAAACGAUGACUGGAGUCAAGUAAAUAGAUUCGUUAAGCUAUUCGUGUCCACAAUUGAUGAAGCAGCCACUCAUGUCCACGAAACAAAUAUACGUAUUAAGCCCCCAACUAAAAUUCCUACUCCAUUUGGUGGUCAGUUGGUUUGGACAUUACCAGGUAAGACUAAAUUAACAGUACACAUCAAAGACAAGUCCAAAAUUCGUCACAGGAAACGGUGGAGUCAGGUUAUGUACAUGUACUACCUUCUUGGUCAUCGAUUAAUGGAACUACCUAUAUCAGUUGAACGAAAAGAAGUAAUUGCAGAAAAUACAUUUUUACUUACACUUGAUGGCGAUAUUGAUUUCCAACCACAUGCCGUUCGACUUUUAGUCGAUCUAAUGAAAAAAAACAAAAACUUAGGAGCUGCUUGUGGUAGGAUUCAUCCUGUAGGCGCUGGUCCAUUGGCAUGGUAUCAAAUAUUUGAAUAUGCUAUUGGCCAUUGGCUUCAAAAAGCUACUGAACACAUGAUAGGUUGUGUCUUAUGUAGUCCAGGAUGUUUUUCACUAUUUCGCGGUAAAGCUUUAAUGGACGACAAUGUAAUGAAAAGAUACACUAUGAAGUCUGACGAAGCUAGACAUUAUGUACAAUACGAUCAAGGAGAGGAUAGAUGGUUAUGUACAUUAUUACUACAAAGAGGAUAUCGAGUUGAGUAUUCAGCUGCGAGUGAUGCAUAUACUCACUGUCCCGAAAGUUUUAAUGAAUUUUACAAUCAACGUCGUCGAUGGGUUCCAUCAACAAUGGCUAAUAUUAUGGAUUUAUUGAUGGACUACAAAAAAACUAUUAAAAUCAAUGACAAUAUAUCAAUGCCUUAUAUCACUUACCAUAUAAUGUUGAUGGGAGGAACUAUAUUAGGACCAGGCACAAUAUUUCUUAUGUUGGUAGGAGCUUUUGUAGCAGUAUUUCAUAUAGAUAAUUGGACGAGUUUCUAUUACAACAUUAUUCCUAUAUUAUUAUUUGUUUUCGUAUGUUUCACAUGCAAAUCAGAGUUCCAGUUGCUCUUAGCACAAAUAUUAUCAGCUAUGUAUGCAUUAGUUAUGAUGGCAGUUAUCGUAGGUACAGCUUUACAAUUAGGCGAAGACGGUAUUGGUUCACCAUCAGCUAUUUUCUUGAUAGCAAUGUUGGGUUCAUUUAUUAUAGCAGCAAUACUGCAUCCACAAGAGUUUUCUUGUAUAAUAUUCUUCUCUAUUUAUUUGCUUUCUAUUCCAUCAAUGUAUCUACUUUUGAUUUUGUAUUCAAUUAUUAAUUUGAAUAUCGUUACGUGGGGAACGAGAGAAGUCCAAGUCAAACGUACGAAAAAGGAAAUCGAAGCAGAAAAAAAAGCAGCAGAAGAAGCAGAGAAAAAAAAUAAACAAAAGUCUAUGCUAGGAUUUUUGCAAAAUAUGGAUUCAAAUGCCAACAACGAAGAAGGCUCAUUUGAACUUUCAUUUGCAGGACUUUUUAAAUGUAUGUUCUGUACAUAUCAGAAGCCAAUUGAUGACCGUCAGCAAUUACUUAGAAUAGCAGAUUCAUUAGAAGGACUUGGCAAAAGAAUGGAUUUUAUAGAAAAAACAAUUAUUGAUCCAAAUGCUGUUAAUCGCAAACGAAACGUUUCUACUAGUAGUGUACCACAUCAAAUCGCAUUGAACCCCGUACAGGAAGAACCAUCAGAAAUUGAUCAUUCAGAAACCGAAACUGAUGAGGAAUCUUUGGAACCAAAAAUAGAACGAAAUGACGAUAUUAAUCCAUACUGGAUUGAAGAUAAAGCUCUGAAAAAAGGUCCUGUAACAUAUUUAUCAGUGGCAGAGCAACAAUUCUGGAGAGAUUUAAUCGACAAAUAUUUGUAUCCUAUUGACGAAGAUAAAAACGAAAAAGCCAGAAUUGCAGCUGAUUUGAUCGAACUCAGAAAUAAGUCAGUAUUUACAUUUUUUAUGAUAAAUGCACUUUUUGUACUCGUCGUAUUUUUACUUCAAUUAAACAAAGACAAAUUACAUUUGGAUUGGCCAUUGGGUGAAAGAACAAAUACGACCAUUAUUCCUGAAACUUCUGAUAUUAUCGUCACAAAAGAAUACUUACAUUUGGAACCAAUCGGUUUAGUAUUUGUAUUUUUCUUUGCAUUAAUUAUGGUUAUUCAAUUUACUGCUAUGUUGUUUCACCGGUUUGGAACUUUAUCACACAUAUUAGCUUCAACUGACUUAAACUUUUGCUGUAAUAAUAAGGCUGAAGAUUUGACACAAGAUGGUCUUCUUGACAAACAAGCAGUAGUUAUAGUAAAACAUCUUCAGCGCUUAAAAGGUAUUAAUGGUGAUUAUGAUAAUGAUUCUGGAUCAAGUGGAGGAAAUGUGGGACGUCGACGUACCAUUUAUAAUUUAGAGAAACAACGACAAAAAACUCGCACAAUCGGUACACUGGACGUAGCGUUCCGAAAAAGGUUCUUACAGAUGAAAAUGGGAGAAGAUGAAGAUGAGCCACAAGGUACACCGGUAUUGGGUAGAAAACUGACAAUGGGCAAAGAAGUACGUCAGGCUCUAGAAGUCAGAAGGCGUUCAAUGCAAGCAGAAAGAAGAAAAUCACAAAUGCAAACACUAGGCGCUAAUAAUGCAUUUAACCAAACACAGAGACAGUCAAAUGCUGGCAUCAGUGUCAAAGAUAUAUUUAAAGGGAGUCAAAAUCCUGCUUAUGAACAUGAUGAAGAUGAAUUACAAUUGCAUACUAUUAACUAAUCAAAAACUUAGUUUCUAAUUUAAAAUUAGUCACCAAGUGUUCUAGUCAACAGAAUAUUUCUUUUUUAAAUUUUGUAUCUAUGCCAUCAUUAUUAUUUAUUUUUUAAUAUGAAAUAUUGAUUAAAGUCUCGUAAUCUUAUGUUU